AUGACUGUGGGCAAUGGUUCGACCUCGGAAAGUGCAACCGCUCUGAUGUCUUCCUUAGCCCACGAUUCAGGCUAUGGAGGCAGUAUCGCGGGUGAGAGUGCCGUAGUUGGUGAUUCGAGCUCGGCUUGGCGUGCCGGUUUGUUGGAGGACCGACCAACUCCGGUGCAUACUCCCACGCGUCCUGGCGAGUAUAAUCCGGCUGCCGAACACGAGAAACAAGUCGUCGCAAAUCAUGUCCACCAGCUUCUCUACAACUCAAACCGCACCAAACUUGCUCGUUCAAUCUCCCGGACUAUCGAAACGUUGAAGGAGCUCCAGGAUAUGAACCGCCAGUGGCCCGCUCAUUACCCCUCGGUGCAAAAUGCGCAAAGUGCUCCUUCAUCACCUAACACACGCCCACAAAUGCACCAUGCACAGUCGGACUUUAGAACAGUUGACUCAAGGCCGACUACUCCCCCUCGGCCAGAGUUGAAACGCGCUUCGACUACAAUCAACGGAGACUUUGGUGAAUCAAGUGCCGCUGCUGAGCGUCGUAUGCCUCCGGAGCCUCGGUUGAUGACUCCGCAAAUUGCACAAGAAUUCUCGAUCUUGAAGCUUGAUCUAAAGCUUGGCGCUUUGUCUCAGGCUGAACUGGUGCAUUCGUUGGAAAAGGCUUCGAUCGCCUCCUUGUUAGAUGGGAGGAUCAGCCAGAGCGUCAAACAUCUCCUUUCUUUGCGAGACCGUAUUGAGGAUACAUCAAGCAAAGUCUUGAUCACAGGUGAUUUGAAUGCCGGAAAGUCAACAUUUUGCAACGCUUUGCUCCGACGAAAGGUCUUGCCCGAGGACCAACAGCCCUGCACUAGCAUCUUCUGUGAGGUGCUUGAUGCUCGUGAGAAUGGUGGAAUCGAGGAGGUACAUGCAGUUCACAAAGACGCCCACUAUAACCGCAAUGACGAGAGCACCUAUGACGUGUACGCCAUGAGUGAACUUGAGAACAUUGUGGUCGACAACUCCAAGUACAUGCAGUGCAAGGUCUAUGUGAAGGACGUUCGGUCGAUUGAUGAGUCUUUGCUCAACAACGGUGUUGUUGAUAUCGCUUUGAUUGAUGCUCCGGGCUUGAACUCGGACUCUCUGAAGACUACAGCCGUCUUUGCUCGCCAAGAGGAAAUCGAUGUCGUUGUCUUUGUUGUGUCUGCCGCCAACCACUUCACCCUGUCGGCAAAGGAGUUCAUUCUCAAUGCCGCUCAUGAAAAGGCCUAUAUCUUCAUGGUGGUGAACGGCUUCGAUCAGAUUCGCGAUAAGCAACGCUGCGAGCGCAUGAUUCUUGACCAAGUGGGCAAACUCAGCCCACGCACAUACAAGGAGUCUGCUGAGCUUGUACACUUUGUUUCAAGCAAUGCUAUUCCCGUUGCUCCACCCGGAGCUAUCUCACAAUCUGGCUCCGGUGGGGGUGAUGGCGGUUCAGAUCCCCAUGAUGAUGAUGAUGAUGACGACACUGGCAAGGGCAAAGGCAAGGAAAAGGAAAAGGAAAAGAUCCAAGAUUUCGAAAAUUUGGAAGGAGCUUUGCGACGCUUCGUGCUUGAGAAACGAUCUCGCUCGAAGCUUGCUCCGGCUCGGACUUAUCUCCUGAAUCUUCUUGCUGACCUCAACUCGCUUGCUACGGUCAACCGUGAUGUUGCGCAAUCCGAACUUACACGAGUCACGGAUGAACUGGCAGAGCUUGAGCCUGCGUACGAGAAUGGCAAGAAGAAGAAGGGCGAGCUGAUAGAAGGUGUGGACAGAGCUAUCGACGAAUCAUGCGACGAUACAUACAAUCACACUCGUACUACCCUGACCAACACCAUUGCUCGGGUCUCUGAACAAGACCUAGGUGUUGAGUACCCCGGUCUUUUCUCAGCAUUCCAAUAUGCUGAGGAUUUGAAGCUGGCAAUGCUGGAUCAGAUCUCUGCUGCCGUUUCAGGCUGCGAGGAUUAUGCCAGAGAUAAGACUGUCCAGGGGGUUGGUUUCAUUCAAAACCUUGGUCUACUGCAUGUUGGCGAGGAUAAAUUCAGUGUGCUCAAUUUCCGUGCAGACUUGAUGUUCCGCAAGGGUCGUCGCCACACCUUUGGCCGACAAGUUGAUACUGAAGUUGAGUUCUUGGACUUUUUUGAUGUAGCUGGUCUAUGGGAACGCCAGGAGAAGAUGGCAGGAACAGGUGUUGCAAUGACUGCACUUACUGUGGUGGGCGGCAGAGUCUUUGGUGGAUUCAGCUGGGUGGACAGUGCCCUCAGCGCAGUCAAGUUCCUCGGACCGAACAAUGUUCGCCGGCUGUUCAUCCCCAGUGUCAUUGCUGCUGCCGCUUUGACCGCAGCUUAUAUGCUGUCCUCUAUCCCGUCAACUUUGCCUCCCCGUAUCUCUCGGAAGAUUGCAGCGGCUCUUGAGGAAAUGGAUUAUGUCCAUUCAAAUGCAACCCGCAUCUCAUCUGAGGUGCGACGUAUCCUUCGUCUGCCCGCCAAGAAUUUACAAACUAGCUUGGCUCAGGACAUUGAGGACCUUGCCCGCCGCAAGCAGGAGGUCAGCAAAGUCAAGCAGGAGAGUGAAGUUGCUACCAAGUACUUCUCGAACUUGUUCCGUGACAGCAGUGAGAACCGUCGCUCCGUCGAGGCUCUCGACCUCGAUGGUCCACUCCCUGGUGCCAUGGGUGCUUUCGACCCAUGA